AUGGCCAGACUUCUCAGGAAGAUCCCUUUCCUCAAACCCUCCUCCCGGAGCGGCCCAUACCCAGCCUCCACCCGCACACCUCCCAAGCCGACGUGGCGACACCUCUUCGCCUUCGCCACCCCGCGCCAGCACCUACCCACGCUCCUCCCCGCCCUCGCCACCUGUUUAUUCGUCAGCGGUCUCAAGUCCUUCCUGCCCGUCGCCUACGGCCACUUCUUCAACGCCUUUGCGGCCUGGGGGUCCGGACAGAUCACCGUCGAUGAGGCGUUCGUGCGGGUCGUUACUUGGUGCCUCAUCCUCGUGGCCAUGGGAGCCGCCACGUGGUUGUCUAAUGGACUCUUCAUGGCGGCGUGGAUCGCGUUUGGCGAGAGCCAGGCAAAGACGGCGAGGCGGGAGGUGUUUGACGCGCUCUUGAAGAGGGAGAUGGCGUGCCAAACCCGCGAACUCCAGCUCGCAAGCUCCCAAGUCUUUGGCUUCGUCGCCUCCAAGCUCGCCGCCGCGUCCGUCAACGCCGUGGACACCGUCAAGGUCUUUGGCGGGUUCGACGUCGAGGCCCACAAGUACGCCUCCGCCGUCCGCCGCGCCGCCGUCUCCUACCUCGUUCAGGCGCGGUGCAACGCUCUCCAGGUCGGCUACGCCCAGAUAUGGGUGGUGGCGCUCUUCGUGGCGGGCUUCUGGUACGGCAUCGCCCUGGUGGAAGGCGGCGCGGCCCCGGGCGUCGUGCUCACCACGUUUUACGCGACGCUUGCCGCGCUCCAGGGGUUCGAGGCCCUGAUACCCCAGUGGCUCGUUCUAUCCAAGGGCAUGGCGGCAGGGCUGGAGCUCAGGCAACUUACAGACGUAUUAUCUUCGUCCUCCUUUGUCUUCCCCGCCGGCCAAGUCACAUUCCUCGUCGGCCGGAGCGGCUCCGGCAAGAGCACCAUCGGCAACCUGAUGCUGCAGUUCUACCAACCCACGACUGGGCGUAUCCACAUCGAUGGGCGGCCACUCAGCUCCCUCAGCCGCGUAUGGCUCCGCCGGAACGUCACGCUCGUGCAGCAAUCAAGCGUCUUGUUUCGCGAUACCCUCUUCCGCAACGUGGCACUGGGCCACCCACAACCGGACAGCACAAGGCACGACGACAUCGUGGCGGCUUGCGAGGCGGCGCUGCUCCAGUCCACCAUCAGCUCGCUACCCCUCGGUGGGGACACGGUGGUCGGGCCCGGAGGGUACGAUCUCUCUGGAGGGCAAAAGCAGAGGGUAGCCCUAGCGCGUGCCAGACUACGGAACACGCCCAUCCUGAUCCUCGACGAGGUCACCAGCGGCCUUGAUCAGCUGAGCCGGACGCUCAUCAUGGAGGCAUUACGGGAGUGGAGAAAGGACAAGACGACGAUUGUCAUCACGCACGACGUGUCGCAAAUCGGAGACCGCGACUACGCCUAUGUCAUGGACAACGGACAAAUUGUGCAGCAGGGUUUCAAAGGCGACCUUCUCGAGGAAGCCGGAUCCCUCUUCACCUCCUUGCUGGAACCUGCGCUCGAAAAAGCCACCAGCACGGACUCGAAAUUGGACGCGAAUGAAAAAGAACCAGCACCAGUAUCAACACCUAGAACGAAUUCUCUGGAGUUGGAGAAAGAGGUAGCGGGACGACCAGCUAGGAGCAGAUUGUCCCUUCGACUCUUGGAAACGAUGGAACGCGAAAUUAGCAUCUCGCGGCAAUCGAGCCUUGCGCGCCGGCCGGCGCCGAGAAGCGGAAGUCGUGGAUUCAUGCAGCUGCACCGAAACGACGCUUACGUCUGCCGAUUCAGAAGCCACCGCCCUACGGCCACUGACUCGUUCCAACGAGCUGGUGCCAAUUUCUCCGGUCCGCGAAGACGGAUUGGAGAAGCGGUUGGACGUAAAGACUCGCGACAGCGAGGGGACUUUACCCAGUUCAACUUUACUAGCGAGUCGGAGCAGUCCAACUCGCGUGAUUCAACCUUUGAGUUACUGGAGGCCAUGGGUCGAUCCACGCAAGACUCGCGCCAGACACGCCCCGAGCUGAGAAUAACGCCGCCCCAGGGGAAGGGUGAUGAUAAAACAGGUUGGAAAUGGAGAAAGGGAAUGAGCGCUGGCUCCGAUAUGGAAGCCGACAAGAAAAUAACGGGGGUAGGACCCGAGAGCAGCCCUGACGCUGAGAAGUUUGAUAGCAACACAUCCAUCACUAGCAUCCUUCGCACCGUGUGGCCCCAACUCGGAACACCCCAACGGAUCAUGCUCAUCCUCGGCCUCGCAAGCUGCGUCGUAGCGGCGGCGGCAAAUCCUGCCUUCUCGUACUCGUUCUCGAGACUCUUGGCGGCUUUCUGGGAGCCGACGGGCCGCCUAGCGGCAGGCCAACCAGGGCUCAAGCGCAUCCUGCACCAGCCCAAGACGUGGUUCGACACCUCGGGCCAGGACGCGGGCAAGGUUAUCGAAUGUCUAGACCGCAACGCCGAGGAGAUGCGCAAUAUCGUGGGGAGAUUCCUGCCGAGCAUCGUCAUAGUCAGCGGCAUGGUGGGGGCCUCGAUAACGUGGGCGCUGGUGGUGUCGUGGCAGCUCACCCUCGUGGCAUUGUCGUCCAUUCCCGCCUACGGGCUGGUGAUAGGGCUCCUGUCGCACGUGAGCGGGAAAUGGGAGAGCAGGUGCAACAGCGCAGCGGAGGAGACGAGCGCGGUGGCGCGGGAAGCGUUCGUCAACGUGAGGGUGGUACGGGCCAUGACGCUCGAGAGGCACUUUUCCGCCACGCACGAGAAGGAGGCGGCCAAGAUCUUUUCUCUCGGGGUCAAGAGGGGCGCGUACACGGGGAUAUGCUACGGCUUGCAGCAGUCUCUCAACCUAUACGUCACGGCGCUGGUGUUCUGGUACGGCAUGUGGUUGCUGACGAACACGAACUCGGUCACGGUGGCUGGAGUGAUGCAGGUGGUCAACUUGCUGCUACUCUCGAUCGGCACGGCGGUGGGCAUUCUCUCGUCGAUACCGCAAAUCUCGGGGGCGAGGGCGGCGGCGGUGCAGAUGCUCAACUACGCGAGUCUCCCGGAAACUUCGCCGCGCGAGAACGACGGUACGAGGAUGGCGCUGUCGCCGUUUCCGAUCUGCUUCCGGAACGUUUCGUUUGCGUACCCUUCGCGGCCGGGCCAACAAGUGCUCAGAAACUUGUCAUUGCAGCUUGAGUGCGGGACCAGAGUUGCCAUUGUGGGACCCUCGGGCUGUGGCAAAAGCACGCUCGUGGCCCUUCUUCUCGGUCUUUACGAGCCGUCAAUGCCCCAUCUCUCUGAGACCGAAGGGGAAAGGGGGCAAAUAAAUCAAGAAAAGGAGCAAGAGAACUUCAAUGCGGGGUCGCUCUCCUUUGGAGGAGUUCCUUCCUCGCAGGUCAAUAUUGCCCAUCUACGAUCUUCCAUAGCAUAUGUCCCGCAGACGGCAUUCCUCUUUCCAGCAACCAUUGCAGAGAACAUUGCCUAUGGCAUCCCGGAGAAGCACCCAUUGCGUUCCUUGGACAAUAUCGCGCAAGCGGCACAACAGGCGGGGGUCCGCGAGUUCAUCGAGAGCCUCCCAGAAGGCUACUGGACGCUUGUCGGAGACGGGGGUCAAACGCUGUCGGGCGGCCAGGCGCAGAGAGUAUGCCUAGCGAGGGCACUGGUGCGGAAUCCCCGGCUCCUCGUCAUGGACGAGCCAACGAGCGCAUUGGACGGAGAGAGCGCGGAGGCUGUCCGGAGGACCGUCACAGAGCUGGAAGGGGUGAGGGAGGGCCGGAUGGGGGUGGUCGUGGGGCCGGUCAGGGUGAGGACCGGGACGGAGGACGUCCUCAUCUCAAACUCGGGAUCACUUGAAAGGAACGGCGACCAUCGUAGGCUCGACGCAGACAAGGAUGGAUUCGGUGAUGGCGCUUUCGAGACCACAUUCCUCAUCACCAAUGUCCUUGGGAUGGAGCGGCGGACCCAACCGAGGAGAUCCAUCAAGAAGAGACCUUAA